UUUCAUAUAUUCCAAAGCAAUUGUUUGAACAAUAAAUACUCACAUUACCCAUAUUUAUAUACAAUUUGUAUUCGUUUAAGCCAAAUAAUGGUUAUUAAUGUAUUGGUGACUUUUAACUAUAGAAACAGAUACACUAUACGCGGAAUGUUAACGAUUGCAGUUAAUCUAUAGGGUUUCUCUAUUUUUACUGCAAUGGGGAGGUCAGAAAAGAACGGGAGUACACUAACUUUGACGGCCAGUAGCUCGCCUGUAUCCUUGAUUAAACGUCAGCCAAGUAUCAAACGGAUAUCUCGUGGUCUACAACUGAAAAAUGUCGACAAAACCCUUCAAUGCUCUGGUAAAUACAGCAAACAUCUAGUAGGAAAGGCCAAGGCGGAGCAAUCCUUUGAUCCUUUAUUAUAUGCCGAAAAUUUGACUCUCUUAGACCGUAAGAAUAUCUCAAGUGCCUAUGCCGAAUAUGUAAACUCAUUUAAUACCACAAAUGACAAGAGAUAUUUGAAAAAUGAUACAUUUAUUCGUCAAGUAGUUCCACUACGAGAUGUAGCAGGGACAUCUAUAAUGUCAGAGGAUCAAGUUCAAAAAGCACAGACGCUAAAAACACGUCCUUUGUCCUCGGAUUUUUUAUUUAGUGUACUAAAAUGCAGUGACGAUUCCUUAAUUCAAGCGUUGGCUGUACGCGAGAAAUUCAAUGCUAUGAAAAGCAUUUCGACUAUUAUUCAUUCAUUUGCACACGUUAUUCCAAAGGUCUUAAUAUAUCCGGUUAUAUUGAUUAUGCGCAGAGUUUACGUCACUUCAAGUCUGGCGAUUCGCUUGAGGAACGAAAUUGGUUUCACAUAUUUGCUGGUAGUCAGCGCAUUGAACCCUGUAAACAGGAUCUUAGGUUUAUGAAUUGGAAAAGCGGGGAUAUUUAUUAUAAUGAUACAGAUAAUUUUAAAAAUUUACCAUGG